AUGAAUAGCAGCACUGAGUCACAAACCUUUGUGAACCAAACUUAUCCAGAAGCUCCACACUAUGGCCCUGAUGGAAUUCAUAACUCUCGCUUUAUUUUCAUUCAGCGGUCAACUAAAUCUUUGGAGUGCCUCCUUGGAAACUCUGACUCCAUCAGACCUGGUAUAAAUAGUGAAUUGAGAAAAUACUUGAGGUCAUGGGGAGUAAAGUGAGAGUCUGGUGGAAUGUGGUGGAGUUCACUUGCAGGAUCCUUGGGGUUUGUACGGCAACAGUGCUGUGUGCUGUGGGAGUGGAGACGAUGCAAAAGGGAGAAUUCAACAGCCUUGGCAUCUACCUAAUAGCAUCAUCUGUUGCCAUGAUGAUGUUUGAGCUGGCCUACUACCUGGACGCCCUUCUGUCCAUGUGUCUUCUCUGUCCUCCAGACUGGCAGUUGUUUGUAUUGUGGAAGAAAAUGGCCCGUGUUGGAGGCUUUCACAAAUUUCUUUAUUAUUUUAUCAUGUCAGUGGUCUGCUUCUUGCAUCCUGUGUUAGUAUGGCAUGCGAUUAUCCCAGGGUCGAUGCUUUUGGUGACGGCAAUAUUCAACUUCAUACUCAGCAAGAAAACCAAUGUUAAAGAUACCAAAAUCUCACAUGUCUGCCACAGCAACCUGGACCUAACCACACUCAGAGACAUAGAGAGGUCAGACUCCAACAGCACAUUCCCAUUUCUCCAUGCAAAAACAGGAAGAAUGGAAGAUGGACUAAACCUUUCAGACAGAGAACAUCACCUCAGUCCAGAGCACAAAGGCGAACACACCCAGACCAUGUUGGAAAAAAGACAGACACCCUCAUCUGAUGACACAGGAAAGACGAGGUGGAAGUGGAGAGACAAGAGUCUGACGUGGUUCAGAGGUCGGGAGGAGCUGGUGGAGAGGGAGCUGGAGGAGAUGGAGGUGUACUGUGAGCCAGAGACAACAUCAGACACUGCACCAAUGAUCACAGACUAAAAGGCUCGAAAUUCAGUGGUGAUGUUUAAUGCAAAAACCUAACAGCAUUUUUGAAUGUUUGGAAUCAUUUAAAAAAAUUCUGUGACUACCAAAAUAUGUAGACUGUUGUUUGUUUAAUAUUAAGUUUUCACUCUAAAGAUUUCAAACCUAUAGAGCAUAAAAUCAAAAUGAAAAUUAUCUAAAUCAAGUGAUUUUACAUAUCUUUAUUAAUUUAUUUUUGUCUUUUUAUUAUUAAAUCCAGCAUAGUAGACUUCAACACAAGCAAAAAAAAAAUCACUGCAGCCAAUGCAGCAUAAAAUAUUCAUGAGUUAAUAAAUUGUAUCAGCUGGUUGGUCAUUCAGAGAAAACAUGUGCAGAUGUCUAAGAGUGGCAGGCAUUAGAGCAUGUGCAAAUGCGUUCAAGCCUCCCCUUUGUGUGUUUGUAAUGUGUGAGCCGUGACCAUGGAGACGAAGCUCUGGAGGGAUUCAUUGUUAUCGUGGUGAUUAGAGAAAUGCAAGCCAGACACCAAUGUGUUUUCUCUAAAUUGUGAGUUAAAAUCAUAGAAUGUAAAAUUAAUGUUUAUGAGAUAUGCUACCACAUAAGCUUUGUAAAUACCAUGAAAUUUAACAUAUUUGUGCAAAAAGUGCAGGUGUAGUAACCUGGUUUAUCAUUUGUUAUGAAUCCUAAAUCUGAUUUUCUACAGACGAAUUCUGUUUUUAUUUGUUCAAAAAUCAAUAAAGUGAUUUAA